AUGUACUCACUCAACUUCAGCAAGUCUUUUGAUAAAACAACAAACAUCACUAAGCUCAUCGAAACCCAUCCAAAGGCCCCUUCGGGUAGUGGUAACGCCAACAGCUUCGCCCCAAAUACUAUCGAUGGUGCCUUGCUUUACAAUGAUGCCGAGUUCUUUUUGUAUGGAGGUGUCUUUGCCAAACCGACGGACGCUUACGACCCUCCGCCCGGCAACAAGGCACUAGUAUGGCGCCUCUACGAGUACGGCGCAAAGAAGGCCGCCUUCAACAAUGGAAGUGAACUGAGAACCUUGGACAACGGCGUGACUCGGUAUGUUGCCCAUGGAGGGGCUGCCAGUGCUCCCUCGGAGAACAAGGCCUGGUAUGUUGGCGGAAUGCGGUCGCCUCUCUGGGGCGACAUGUAUCAGAGCACUACGAACCGUUCUCUGAACGCUGUCAACGCCUCCAAUACCCUCAUCACUCUCGACAUGUCCACCCAAAUGUUCGAGGAAUUCUCCAACAAGACUUUACUGCCAAGCAGUAUCAAGGCCAGGGCAAACCCAGAGGUCGUCUGGGUUCCUAUUGGGGCUGAGGGUAUUCUCGUCGUGCUAGGCGGAGUGACCUACCCCGAAUAUGUCAAUUCCAGUCAUAAAUCCGACGACGCUGUCAAGAGCGCAAGCGAAAGCCCUGCUUUCAUGGAGACCAUCGACAUUUACGACGUAGCCGGCGAUAAGUGGUAUCAGCAGAAGGUUGACGGGACCAAACCACCUGCCCUCACUCGAGGCUGCGCUGUACUUGCGCCAGCUCAGGAUUACUCCAGCUUCAACAUCUACUAUUACGGCGGCUACGAUGGAAUUCACCCCAAAGAAGACUUUAGCGACGACGUCUGGGUUCUCUCGAUUCCUUCAUUCCAGUGGACAAAGGUGUACGAAGGAACAGCUCUCCACGCCCGUGCUGGUCAUCAGUGUGUAAUGCCUUACCCCGAUCAGAUGAUGGUCGUCGGCGGCUAUGCGGCGAUGGCCGGAAGCGGAGCUCCACCAUGCCUUGAAGGAGGCAUCAUGCAGGUCUUCAAUCUCUCCAGUGCAGAGUGGCUUGAUGGAUACAGCCCAACGCAAUGGUCGAACUACACAAUCCCCACCGCCGUCCGAAGCAAGAUUGGAGGCGAUGAAAAGGGUUCGGCAACGAAGACGACUCCUGAGCCGUCCGGCUGGUCUGACCAAGGACUGGCAUCCAUCUUUGCGACGCCGUAUGUCACCUCGAAGAUUAAUACAUGGUAUCCGUACACAGAAGCUAAAGACCCCGGACGGCCAACUGUCACAGGUGGCGGAGACAACAACGGCGGCGGCGGUGGUGGAACCCCGAAAUGGGUUGCCCCUGUUCUCGGCGUCGUUCUCGGCCUUGUCUUCAUCACUGCCAUCCUCGUCGGCUUCUGCCUGUGGCGUCGUCGCAGAAUACUCAGAAGAGGUAAUGGAACGGCAACGCACACGGACGACAAUGGAUCUAGAAUCAUCUCCUGGAUCAGAGGCCAGCCCAGCGAACCAGCCAAGGCGCCUACCGUCACGACUGAGGAAGCCUCUUCCCAAGAUAUGGCUGAGGUCCGCACGCCGCCCCCUGCCCCUGCAGCAUCGCCUGUACCCCAACAGGUGCAUCACGAGAUGGCCGACAACCAGAUUGCAGAGCUACCAGGUCUCACCCCCAUCGAGAUCAUCAACAAGCACACGCACUUUGGCACCGGUGGCACAUCCAACCCCGCAACAACACAUCAGUCAUCCUACUACGCCUCCGUCUCCUCCAACGAGAACGCAUCAUCGCUCUCCCGCUCCUCGGGCGUCCUCGGAUACCAGACCCGCGCCCAAUCGCCCGACCCAGGUCCGCCGUCGCCGCCCAUCAGCAACGCUGCGGCCGCUACCUCUACCGGACGAGUCGGCUCCGACGUCUCCGGUCUCAGCGACCAGGAGGCGCGGCAUUUGCGGCACAUUAGCGAGGCGACUGUCAGCUCUGCCUCAUCGGGCGGCGAGCAAGAUGGCCCGGCUGCUCGGGAGCAGCCACGUAGCAUCCCGGAGACGGUGCCGGAGACGCCGACGCCGGGACACCCGAGUCCUCUGAGCCCGCCAACUGGAGCAUCAGAUGGUGAUGAUUACAUUAGUGCGAGGAUGUUGCCGGUUAGUCCGGCUGGUACUGCUACCAUGAGGAGGAGCAUGUUUCACGAGAGUGAGGAUGAUCUUGGGUCCAGGAAGUAA